CUGCUGCUGCUUCUGUAGCUUUAGUACGAAGCGUCUCUUUCACACUUCCCAUCAUCCUCCCCCCCCCCGCUCGCCUGCCCAGGGAGCGUCCAGACAUGGCGGCGCCCUUCGAGGAGUCCAGACCUAGUUCCGGCCCGCAGUAAAAAACCCCCGGCGCUGGCCCUGAGGCGCGGAGGAGAAGCACGAAGCCUUUCCCGACGCGCCCCCUCUCUCUCUCGUUCGUGGGGUGGUUCCCCGGCCGCUGGUCAGUCGCCACCACGCCCAGCUCUCGGAAAGAGAGAGAGCCGGAACCCCUCGUUGGAGGGCUGGCCCCUCUUUUGGUGCAAAGGACCUGCCGCCCCGCCGCCUCCAGAUCUCUUGCUCCUGUUUGGGUUUGCUGACCUUGAAAUUAUACUCUCAAGCGCAUUAGUUGGUCAGCUGACUUUUUCUGAGAUAUUAAGCCACUGUUCUAAGGACAUUAAGUGAAAACCGAGAAUGUCUCAGGAGCAAGACAAACCAGGUGAAGGAAAGUCAGACAAGUCCGAAGAGAACUUGGACAACACAGAGCAAACUGUGAGGAAGAAGAUUCGACAGAAUACGCCAAGUCCCAGCAGAGUCAACACUCUUGAGCCCAGCCCCCCUCAGUUCGUGUCAGUGGAGGAACUGAUGGAAACAGCGAAAGGUGUUACUAACAUGGUAUUAGCCCAUGAAAUUGUUGUCAAUGGAGGCUUUCAGAUCAAGCCAGCUGAUUUGCCAGAGAACAGCCUUGAAAAAAGAGUAAGAGAUAUUGUCCACAAAGCUUUUUGGGAUUGCCUGGAAAGCCAGUUAAAAGAAGAACCACCAUCAUAUGAUCAUGCUAUUAAACUUGUGGGAGAGAUAAAAGAGACACUCUUGUCUUUUUUGCUGCCUGGCCAUACUAGAUUAAGGAACCAGAUUACUGAAGUGCUAGAUUUAGAGCUGAUCAAGCAGGAGGCUGAGAAUGGUGCGCUUGACAUUUCUAAGCUAGCAGAAUUCAUCAUUGGGAUGAUGGGGACCCUGUGUGCUCCAGCCAGAGAUGAAGAGAUUAAGAAACUGAAAGACAUUCAUGAAAUUGUUCCCCUGUUCAGGGCAAUAUUCUGUGUUUUGGACCUGAUGAAAAUGGAUAUGGCCAACUUCGCUGUCAGUAGCAUCAGGCCGCAUUUAAUGCAGCAAUCAGUUGAAUACGAAAGGAAGAAGUUUCAGGAGCUGUAUGAGAAACAACCAAAUUCAUUAGAUUUUGUUACUGAAUGGCUGCAGGACGCUGCUGAAGGCUUGAGAUCCAAAGCUGCCCUUGCUGUUGAUGAUGGGGCCACAUCCAGCAAUAGAGCUCCUGUGCUCUGCCCUGUUACUGUGCAGAAUCAUGCAUACCUUGAGCUGCUCAAGUGGGACCACCUACGAAAGCCUUUUCCAGAGACUGUACUAAUGGACCAAAGCCGCUUCCAGGAAAUGCAGUUGGAACUGGACCAACUUAUUUUAACCGGCGCUGUUCUUCUGGUAACGUUCAAUGCUGCAGGCACAGCUCUUUCAGGUUUGCCAGGCUUUCCCGACAAGCUCAAAAUGGUUAUCCGGGUACUGUUAACUGGGCUACACCUUCCUUCCUUCAACCUGAGUGAAGCUUUGGCUGUCAUAAGUGAAAAGGUUUCUGCUGAAGUUAAUACAUGCCUUUCCCAACACGGAUUCACACCUUUCACACCUGAGAAGGAGGCUGCAUUUAAAGGACAGAUCCAGGCCCUGGGCAAUCCUGAUAACACAGUGUGCAGACUGAUAGAUUCACGAAUCCAGUCAUUUUUGGAAAGUUACCUUGCUUCCGGUCAUCAGAAAUCCCUUCCGGGUAUUCCUGGAGGAUUAGGCCCUAUUCAAAAAGAACUGGAGGAAAUUGCUGUCAAGUACGUACGACUUGUUGACUACAACAAGAUGGUCUUCAGUCCUUACUAUGAUGCAAUUCUGAGCAGAAUACUGAAUAAAGAAGAAUCACCUCAGCUGUGAAGAAAGCUGGAAACACUGGACUCAUUUGUACACUGUCCCAAAGCUGUAGAGCUUCAGUACAAAGUACAGUAGCAGCAGCUUGCAUACCCACUAUUACACUUGUGUUCCUCUCAAAAUUAUCAGGGUUGCAAGGCAGAAGCCUCCUUCAAACUCCUGUUAUACUUUGAGGCCCCCACAUUAAGACUUGUCAUCCAAUGUUCCCUCCAUAUCCCUCUUUGGGCCAAAAAAAAGCCACCACUCGCUGUAGGCCAUCAUUUUUCAGAAACAUCUGAGUGAAUUGUGAUGCACUGUGUGUUAAUUUAGACUGUGUGCAGGGAGAGGCUGAAGAGAACAUGGAAAGAGUGGUGUUGAGAUGCCCCUUUGCACCCUGAGCUUUUCAGUAUACAGGGCUUAUGUUUAUUUAUUUAUUUAUUUAUUUAGAAGCAUCCGACAGUUUGCUGUUGGGAGGGUGCUGAGAUUGUGCAGUCCAUCUAUCCUGUUUCUUUUGGACAGCUGCUUAGGGGGACAGAGGUGAAUUAUGGGAAAAGUUUUCUCCUUCUUUGUGCAGUAGUCUGUUUUAAUCUGCCACCACAGAUCCAUCUGUGGAAGCCUGCUUCUGUGCAUGGACGACUGUUGUUGAAUCAAACUGGUUAUAACUUCAUUGUAGAAACCUUGUAAUACAUGUAUUUGGAAAAAGCUUUCCUGCAGAAAACGUCACUAAUUUGAUAGCAGUGAUUGAGUGCAGAGCAGAUACAUCAAGUGAUGCUCAAGGUACAUGAAAACACACCAGCUUAGUAUUUAGUGGAAAGCAAAAGCUAUUGGUGUAUUGCUGUUAGAGUACAGCCGCUGAUAAAACAGAAACGAGAGCUGUUGGAACCAUUCUUUUAGUAUGUACUUUGAUGCAAAAGAAAUUAGACAACUUCUCUUUCAAUGCUACCUUAUACAGUCCUUAAACCUUGCUACCCUAACAACGGUAACAAUAAUUUAAAUUUCCAUAUACAGUAUUUAAAAUUUGGAUACUGAUAGUUGAUGCACUUUAUAUGUAGUCUGCAAGCCAAGGCGGUUAGUCUUUCUGCCAGCCAUGGUUUUUUCUAUAGUCUGUUUCCCUACCUGCAGAUAUUCUACCAAAAAUGUAUAUAACUAUAUUUUUGUAGAGUAUUUUCCGGUUCUUCUCUACUUCCCAUAUUCAUAAGGAUAUUCUGUAGACUUAAAAUGGUGCCUCUCUCUUCCAAAGUGGGAGAACUAAAAGCCCUUUUGAUAAAAGCUGUAUUUAAUUUUUUGUUGCUCAUAGCAUGCAAUGAGUAAUAUAAACAAGUUAAAACUUUAAUUCAUUCAGCUGCUUCAGAGCCCCAUACAUUCCAAUAGGAAAGCUGAACUUAAAUCACUCCCAUUGAAAUCAGUCAGACUCCACAUUGCUUAAAUCUUUGGCCGAGUUAUGCUUGUGGGUCUUGGAUCAUCAAACUAGGAUUCCUGUUUCUAAGUCUUACUAGUCAAAUGAAUUGUGGGAUUAGGCGUAAACUCCCAUAUUUCAACAUAGAGGCUUACCCCCAAUUAGGGUAGACCCAUUCAGACUGUGGAAUUUCCAUAAAUGUUGACUUACCUUUAGCAACUGAUUCAGUGGUCUUAUUUUAAUUAGAACUCAAGGUGGUUCUUGAGAAGGCAUUUGAAAGAAUACUGGAUUGUUUGUAUCUCUUCCUCCGAUGGCAUAGAAGAGGGAUCUGCCCUCUGGGGGAUGGAAGCUCACAUCUGUUGCUUGUGUGUCUUCAUAGAGGCAGAACAAGAGGGCAAAUUGUGGGUGUGUCGUGGCUACAGGUAUGGUGAGUGGGUGGGGGAAUGGGCAUUUACGUCCUAAAGCUUGUAUAUGCUAUUUCUACCCUACUGGUUAUAGUGGAAAGGAAAUUAUUUUAAAAUAAACAUCCUGGGCCAUGAGUUAUUAA